GCAUGAUUUGUAACAUAAGAAAAAAGAAAAAGAAAAAAUCUAGGGAAGACAUGGAAAAACAUUUUCUAGUUUCUCCAAUAUUCUUCAUAGUUCUCUUCACAAUACCAUGUAAUUCCCAGAUACAUGCAUGUUAUAAGAGUGACCCUAAUACCAGCACUUAUGGUUUUUGCAACACUUCUUUAGCUUAUACAGACAGAGCAAAAGACAUAGUAUCGCGGUUAACUCUCCAAGAAAAAGUGCGACAGCUAGUUAACUCUGCAUCAGGCAUUCCCAGGCUUGGCGUGCCAGCUUAUGAAUGGUGGUCUGAGGCGCUACACGGGGUGUCAAACACGGGGCCUGGAGUACGUUUCAACGCAACAGUGCCUGGAGCAACCAGUCUCCCAGCUGUCAUUCUUUCUGCUGCUAGUUUUAAUGUUUCCUUAUGGUAUACUUUAGGAAAGGUUGUAUCAACUGAGGCUCGGGCCAUGCACAAUGUUGGCCUCGCUGGAUUGACCUAUUGGAGCCCCAAUGUCAAUGUCCUUCGUGAUCCCAGAUGGGGAAGGGCUCAAGAAACACCAGGGGAGGACCCUCUAGUGGUCUCAAAGUAUGCUGUUAACUAUGUCCGAGGCUUGCAAGAAGUCGAUGGAGAAGAAUAUUUCAGCAGUCAAAACAAGCUUAAAGUCUCGAGCUGUUGUAAACAUUACACUGCUUAUGAUCUUGAUAACUGGAAGGGAAUUGAUCGGUAUCAUUUUGACGCCAAUGUGACAGCACAGGAUAUGGAGGAUACAUUCCAGCCACCAUUUAAAAGCUGUGUAGAGGAGGGUCAUGUUAGCAGUGUGAUGUGCUCAUACAAUCGCGUGAAUGGAGUUCCAACUUGUGCUGAUCCAAAUUUGCUCAAAGGAGUGAUUAGGGAUCAAUGGAGUCUAGACGGAUACAUUGUCUCUGAUUGUGACUCAAUUGAAGUUUACUAUGAUGCAAUACACUAUACUGCCACACCUGAGGAUGCAGUCGCCCUUGCUCUGAAAGCAGGUCUGAACAUGAAUUGUGGGGAUUAUCUAGGAAAGUAUACAGAAAAAGCAGUGAAUCUGAGCAAGGUGGACGUGUCUAUAAUUGAUCAGUCACUUAUAUAUAACUACAUUGUACUAAUGAGGCUUGGAUUCUUUGAUGGCGAUCCAAAACUGCAACCAUUUGGAAAUCUUGGACCAUCUGAUGUGUGUACCAAUGAUCAUCAGUCCUUGGGAAUUGAAGCUGCAAAACAAGGAAUAGUUUUGCUAGACAACAAUGGAGUGCUUCCUCUGUCACCAAGCAACGUCAAACACUUGGCUCUUAUAGGUCCCAACGCUAAUGCCACUGGGACAAUGCUAAGUAUCUACGCAGGGGUACCUUGCCGCUACACCACCCCUUUACAGGCGAUGCAGAAGUAUUUAGCGAGCAUAACAUAUGAGCCAGGAUGUGCAAACGUUCAGUGCACUGAUUCAAGCCAAAUCAAAGCAGCAGCCAAGGCUGCAGCUGCAGCUGACAUGGUGGUGCUUGUUAUGGGGCUUGAUCAAUCCAUCGAGAGAGAAUCACUGGAUAGAGUGAACUUGACAUUGCCAGGGUUUCAAGAAAAGCUUGUAAAAGACCUGGCUAAGGCAGCAAAUGGAUCAGUCAUUCUAGUGAUUAUGUCAGCCAGUCCUAUUGAUGUAACCUUUGCUAAGAAUAAUAAAAAGAUCGGCGCAAUUUUGUGGGUUGGCUAUCCUGGUCAAGAUGGUGGUGAUGCCAUUUCUCAAGUCCUCUUUGGAGAUUAUAAUCCAGGUGGGAGGUCUCCUUUCACUUGGUAUCCACAAGAAUAUGUUGACAAUGUAGCAAUGAAUGACAUGAACAUGAGAGCAAAUGCCAGUAGAAACUUUCCAGGAAGAACUUACAGAUUCUAUAAUGAAAAAUCAAUAUAUCCAUUUGGCCAUGGACUAAGCUACUCAACCUUUUCUUCGUUCAUAAUUUCGGCGCCUUCCACCAUUGUCGUAAAGCAAAAGACAACCCAUGACUCAGAUACCAUGCUUUUAUCUAACUUGACUACCCAAGCCCUUGAUAUUUCAAACUUGAAUUGCCAGAGUUUAGGGUUUAGCAUCACAGUUGGGGUCAAGAAUAAUGGCAAUAUGGAUGGAUCCUAUGUGGUUCUAGUGUUCUGGAAGCCAACAAAUAUGCAAGGAGGACUUACUGGAGCGCCUAAUAUACAGCUGGUGGGGUUUGAAAGAGUCUGGGUGGAGAAAGGGAAGACAGCAACAGUGACAACAAAAUUGGAUGUCUGCAAGGAUUUCAGCUUAGCUGAUGCAUAUGGGAAGAGGAAGUUAGUUACAGGACUGCACACUAUAGUUGUUGGUUCUUCAAGUGAUCGCCAAGUUAGGCAUCCCUUUAACAUUAGGCUGGCUACAAAAGAAGAAUACGGAGCUCUACUUUACGUCUAAUUCUUAAGAAACAUAUUAAUGCAGCGUGCUUGAAUUUGUGCUCUCCACUAUUAUUCUAGAAUUUACUGCUAGAAAAGAGAAGCAUUUAUCUAGAUCUAGAGUCGAGGAGCAUCUACAGGGUAGAAGAUUGCUGACUUAUAUGAAACAACCAGAAGAUUGCGCUGACUUAUAUGAAACAACUAAUGUAGUGUAAUAUGCAAUAAAUUUAUAACUUGAUUUCUAUUCUUUA